CGGUGGGGCUUGACAGUUCCGCACCAUUGGCUGACACAAGCAGGGGGGGAGACUCUACCUGUUACCUGAGAGAAGGAGUGCCAUUCGUCAUCAUCCGAUUCCAGAUCAGGAUCAAGUUUUCCUUCUUCUUCCAGCAGCCCGGAAAGGUAGAAGUCGGCCAGGACCGCCUGGAGCUGAACCAGCGAGUGGAGCAGGACUCCGAGCAUGGAGCCUAUCGCGGCGUGGAGCGAGGAGAGAGUCGCCAAGUGGCUCCAAGGUCUGGAUGCUCCCACCGAUCAGUACCAGGUGUCGGAGUGGCACCUGUCGGGUCUGGACCUGCUGCAGCUGACGGCCCAGGAUCUGGAGGACUUGGGGGUUCAGAAGAUCGGACACCAGGAGCUCAUCCUGGAGGCUGUGGAGAAGCUCUGCUCCCUGACUUAUGGCAUGGGAGGAGAGAGCCUGCGAGGCCUGACGGAGAAGCUGCGUGCCGUUGCCCACUCCAUGCAGAUGGGCAUCCAGGGCCGCUGGCGCCUCAACGGCUACGACGGCCGGAGCACCACCAAGCUGCCAGCUGGCAUUCUGAAGAACGUAAUUGAGCUCAUCACUUCUUCUAAAGGCCUCUUCUCUUUGCUCAACAGAUAUCAGUUAUCGCAGCUCAGCGGAUACGCCUCCACCCGGAGUAUUUUCACUCACUGCAGAGACCUGGGAGACAUCGUGCACAAGGACACCACGGUGUACGAGAAGGAGAAGGACAUCAUCUCGGUUUGCCGUCAGUUGGUGGAGGUCUGUGACGAGAUCCUGAGCUCCAGCCCCGAGUCGCUUCUGACCCACACGGCUCAGCUGGAGAGCGUCGACCUGGUGCCCGCUUCGCCCGGGGCUCCUUUGGGGAUUGAGGUAACCUCCACCAGCUCCAGCAACCACUACGUGACGGGAACAGCUGCUGAGCCUUCCACAGAUGCCUAUUUACGAGUCCUGUCUGGCGAUGAAGUGAUCCAAGUCAACGACCAGAUAGUGGUCGGUUGGAGCAGAGCCAACCUUGUUAAGAAGCUGCAGGAGAAUCCCAAUGGAGUGACUCUGGUCUUAAAGAAGAUCCCCGCAUCGGUGCGACUGCAGCAUUCGAUCCAGAUCACCCCUGUGCAGAAGGAGGAAGAGGAGACAGGCGACAGGGCAGAGGAAGAAGAAGAAGAAGAAGAGGAGGACAAAGACGAGAACCAUAGGCACUCCAUAUUUGAAAGAGUUGCAGCUUCUGUCAGAUCCCUGUCGUUUCGGCGAGCCAUUCAUGGACCAGCGGUUCGACAGCAGCCUAUGGGAGAGGAAGAGUCCGAGUUGCCUUCGGACAGGGAACCGGAGCAGAGUCUGACUUUAACUGCACUUCAAAACCAACAGGACAGGUUGUCAGUGUUUGACAGCUCGGAUGGUCUGAGGCUCUCUCCGAAUCUCAGGAGAGACCGGUCUCCCUCGCGCAGAAGUCCUUCACCUUUCGAACUGAAUCGAGAAAGAAGUAGCGUCAGCUCCUGCCCAGAAAUGGUGGGGCCGACGACAAACAAGGCAACCAAGAAGAGCCCUACAAAAGGAAAGUCGACAGCUUUGAGCCGGCGCCGCGUGUCCUGCCGGGAGUUGGCUCAGCCCGACUGCGAUGGCUGGCUCUGGAAGAAGAGGAAGGAGAGCAGCGUCUUCAUCACCCAAAAGUGGCAGCGCUUCUGGUUUGUUCUCAAAGGACCCAAGCUUUACUGGUUCAGCACACAACAGGAUGAAAAGGCCGAGGGUCUUCUCAAUAUAGCCAGCUACACCUUAGAGAGUGCUGGAGAGCACAAGAGAAAAAAUGUUUUCCAAAUGACCCAUCCGAAAUUUAUGAACUUCUUCUUCGCUGCUGAGACUACCAGCGACCUGACCAAGUGGAUAAACAGCCUGAUUACAACCAUACGAAAGUACAGGAAGAUCCAGAAUGGUCCAGAUAGUGAAGAAGAGUGUUACAGCGAAACGGAAUCAGAGAGCGAAUCGUCGCCUUCAUCUCGCAGGAAAAACAAGCAAAAGGUGCUAUCUAACACGCUGCCUCGACCCAAGAACAAAGCAGUCAGGGCGCCAUUACCGACUCCUUCAACAGAGGGCAGCAAAGACGGCGGCACCGUCGACGAGAUGGGACAGAUGUUUAACAACCUGAAGGAGGGAGGCGUCUCUCUGAUUGGCCACGAGCAGCCGUUCACGCAGGACCACUUCAGGAGGUCCUUCAUCCGCCGCAACAAGAACCCGGUCAUCAACGAGAAGGUGCACACGCUGCGAGCCCUGCAGAGCACGCUGAAGGCAAAAGAAGCCGAGCUGCUGCAGAUCAACAAGAUCCUGAACGACUCCGAGCUGACCGCCUCAAAGUACCGGCAGUGGCGGGAGAACAACGAGGACCUGGUCCUGGAGAUCGAGAGGGCGGCCGCCCGCAAGGCCUCCGCGAGCGCCGAGGACAUCGCUGAGGUGCGGGAAGUCGCUGAGGUGCAGGACGCGCCGGCUGAGGAGGUCGCCCCGGAAACCGUUGCCGUGGAAACAGCCACAGCGGAGACAGAAGGCGCGUAUAGACUGAGCCUGAGCGACGGCGAGCAGCUCGUCGACGCAGAGACGUCCGACGUCUUCCUGGAGAUCCCGCCGGACCCCGUGAGUUCGGAUUCGAGCCCGACGCUGGACCUCUCUCUGGGGUCGCUGCAGGCCUCCAUAGACAGACAGCUGCGCUUAAACGCAGCAGGCAGAGACUCGGACGAUCACUACUUCUUCAUUUAGGACUUAAUGUUGGCCCUCUCGGACAAGAAGACGGAGCUGCGUGACAGAGGCGCAUCUUAACGUGUCCUCUGAGGACAUUUACCUGCAAGGAUCACUUCAUAAUGCCUCUCAAUCAAAAGCUGCGUCCCUUAGAGAUUUUAUCCUCUUCUUUUGUAAAAAAAAAUAAAUGCCAAGUGUUCAACACAUAUUUAUGAAAUUCUGAGCUACUGAUUUAGAUUUUACCUUGGACUGCUUUUAAAAUUCAGUAACAGUUUCUUUUUUAGGUCAUCCCUUUGUAAUAUGUUGUAUAUUUACCCAUAAUUACAGUUUCUAUUGUUCUAUUCUCUGCACCUUAAUAAAGGUAUAGCUGAAAAGUGUUUUAUUGAACCUUUCCAGCUGGUUUGCUGCUGGUGGUCAAAGCUUUUUAGCUCCUUUCUCUCUG